AUGCUAUCAUUCUGUGAUUAUUUUUGGUCUGAGGACCUUGUCUCCGGUCUAGAGGUGCUUUUCGACACGCUAUACCAUGGCUGUGAGCAAUGCGACUUAUUCAUUCAGUUAUUUGCGUCAAGAAUGCAGUUUGAAGUCAGUCAUGGGAGGCAGUUGUUUGGUAUAGAAGCUGGUAUGGACAACCUGAAGGUAGUGCAGGAGGACGAGCAGGAAGGUGUGACCGUCUCAAGGGCUCUGAGAGGAAUUUUACAAGAAAUGUCUCAGGAAGGGACGCAUCAUUUGACAAUAGCGUCGAACAUAGAAAGUUUGGUGUUGCAGCCGUUCAGCAAAUGGUGUGUUGAACAUAGAGAAAGGAUUCAGUACUCUGAGAAGACUUUAUUGACGAAUGUAAAUAAUUUCAGGAAGUCUAAGAAGUACGUAAGUAAGCUGGAAAAGGAAUAUUUCAAUAAAUGCAGACAGUUAGAAGAAUUCAAAAGGAGCAACUUCAAUGAGGACGAACUCACUAAUGCAAUGAAGUCACUAGAAGUACAAAAUAAGUAUGAGGAAGACGUGGCCAGGGAAAAAGAUCAUCGAUUUUUCAGCAAAAUAGCAGGAAUAGACUUCGAUUACAAGACAAUGAAGGAGACCCUCCAUCUACUAUUGACCAAGCUGCCCAAGUCGGACUAUAAGCUGCCUCUUAUAAGUUAUUCCCUAAGCAACACCAAUAAUGGAGGCCAAAUAACCAAAUUUCUGCUGGAUCACAUGUCAUUGAAGGAUACCGACCAAGCUGAAACAUUCGGUCAAGAUUUGUUGAAUCUGGGGUUUCUGAAAUAUUGCAAUGGUGUUGGUAAUAAUUUUGUCAAUUCUAAGAAAUUCCAGUAUCAAUGGAAAAACACGGCGUAUAUGUUUGCAAAUGUACCAAUGCCCGGUUCGGAGGACCUCGUUGCCGGUGAAUCGCUAAUAUCUCGGUUCAACAACUGGGAUGGCUCGUCAGCAAAGGAAGCAAUUCAAGCCAAGAUUGGUAAUGACCAUGGGGCCGCAAAAAUGCAGGCACCUCAUAUCUCGGAUAGUGAAAAGACUCUUUUUAGAAUGAUGGACGCACUUACAGCGUCUGAUAAGAAGUAUUAUCAGGAAUGUUUCAAGAUGGAUGCCUUAAGAUGCUCUGUAGAGGAGCUACUGAUCGAUCACUUGUCUUUCAUGGAAAAGUGUGAAUCUGAUAGAUUGAAUGCGAUCAAGAAAGCCACAUUGGAUUUUUGCUCUACUUUAGGCAACAAGAUUUCUUCACUGAAACUAUGCAUUGAUAAAAUGCUCAUUUUGGAAAAUGAUAUCGACCCUACGGCAGACCUUUUACAACUUUUGGCCAAGUAUAAGACGGGCAGCUUUAAGCCUCAAGCGAUUGUUUAUAAUAAUUACUACAACCCUGGCUCAUUUCAAAACUUUGGUGUUGAUUUAGAGACCCGCUGUAGACUAGAUAAAAAAAUUGUCCCCUUAAUAAUCUCUUCGAUUUUUUCGUAUAUGGACAAGAUAUACCCAGACUUGCCUAAUGACAAAGUCAGAACAUCGAUUUGGACUGAUUCCGUGAAACUGAGUCUAACACAUCAACUGCGAAAUCUACUAAACAAGCAGCAAUUCCACAAUGAAGGCGAAAUCUUUGAUAUACUGACUAAAUCGAAGUUGGAACCAAGCACCAUUGCAAGCGUUGUGAAGAUUUAUUUAUUAGAAUUGCCAGAUCCACUGAUUCCUAAUGACGUGUCAGAUAUUCUUCGGGUGCUUUACCUUGAUUAUCCCCCGCUAAUUGAUGCUGUAGGGGAGAAUUCCACCUUACCUUCCGAGGAUCAACAAAACGGAGGAAGCGAAGAAGACUUUGAUACCAAGAGAAUAAGAGGUCUUUAUACCACAUUGUCUUCACUAAGCAAACCUCAUAUAGCCACACUGGAUACCAUAACUACUCACUUUUACAGACUAAUUAAGAUUUUGAAGAUGGGCCAAGAUGGCAAAGAAGUAGCAGACGAGUUCACCGUCUCCAUUUCACAGGAGUUUGCCAAUUGCAUUAUUCAAUCAAAGAUCACGGAUGAUAAUGAAGUUGGUUUCAAGAUCUUCUACGACCUGCUGACACACAAGAAACAAAUUUUUCACGAAUUGAAGAGACAAAAUUCAAAAAACUAG